GACUGAGCACGCCCUGCAUCAAGUGAAACUUUUCGGUCCGCAGCAAAGCUCGCUUUGCUCCGCACCGGCUCCCGGGGAGAAGCAGCGCCUCUCCCAGCCGCAGCCUGCUGGCCAUGGGGAGGAGCGCACGGCAGCUCAUCUCGCUGACCCUCGCCUGUGCAUUUUCCUCCUGCUUUGCUGAAGUGGCCCUGGGUGUCAAACUGUCUCCAGAAACCACAUCCUUCCACCAAAUGGCUACUUCUGCUCAGCCGCUUGCCCUGUAUCAUUCUUCACCCCAUCAAAGCACCACAGUUCAUUUUACCAGCACAGGCCCUCUUCAAACAACACCCAUGAGCCACGGAACAACUGAGCAGACAGCGGAGCAGCUCCAGGGAACAUCAGCUGCAGGCCAGCACACGGCAGCUCAGGCAGGAGCAGGCACCACAGCCACAGCCCCUGCAGACAGUCCCAGCACGGCCGGCCAGGCCACCACCCCAGCGAUGCCCUCGCUUACAGCUGCAGUCAAGAACACAACCGCUCCCCCUGUGUCCUCCACCAGGCGUGGCAGGGGACCACAUGUGACCACAGCAACUGCAGCAGUGGCCACCAACACCUCCCUGAAGCACGAGACAGUGAGUACCCAGGGGGCAGCUGCCACCACCGCCUCUGCAGCCACCAGCACACAGAGGGCCGGGCCCAGCACGCCGUCAGAGAGACAAACAACAGCCACUGGUGGUCCAACAGCCACAGCCAUGACCAACACAACAGGCACCCAUGCAGGGACACAAACAGCCCCCACAUCCCCUGCCAGCACAGUGAGACCCUCUCCCACCCCACAGCCCUCUGCCAUCCCCACAGGCACCUACACCGUUUCCGAUGGCAACGGGACCUGCGUCAAAGCCGUCAUGGGUCUGCAGCUGAUGGCCCGAAAUACACAACAGGAGCAGAUGGAAUAUGUGACUGUCAACCCCAAUGCGACAAAGAUAUCUGGAAGCUGCGGGAUGAUGCAGUCUGAGCUGAACUUAACUUUUAGUGGAGGAUUUGUAAACAUCAGCUUUGUAAAGCAAGCUCCAAGUUACUCUGUCACUAAAAUUGAGAGCAGAAUACAGUUAUCUUCUGAAGGUAUGCUUUACUAUGCAGCCCUAAAUGAGAAGCUGUUCACAACAAAGCUGGGGAAUUCCUUUAAGUGUGCCAGCAGGCAAACCUUUUCCUUGGAGAAGAACUUCCAGAUCCUUUUUGUUCAUAUGCAGCUGCAGGCGUUUGACAUUGUGGGUAACCAGUUUGGAAAAGAAGAAGAAUGUUUUCUUGAUAGAAAUGGCAAAAUAGCUCCCAUUGCAGUGUGCCUGAGUAUCCUGGGAUUGUUUGUCAUUGUGUUUGCCACCUUCCUGAUCUCCAGGAGGAAGCCACAGAGAGGAUAUGAACGCAUCUGAGGUGCCCUUGUGCUUCCAAGUGUGCGCAGCAAGGAGAGAAGUCACAGGAGUUUUUGCUUCUGCCUGGCAAUCUCCCUGCCCUGAAGCCACAUUUUUAAGUGAGAUGACACCAUGUGUUUACAGCUAAUGCAUGUUUCUGGAAGGAGUUCUUGUAAGGUGGGAAGGAGAGAACUCACACCUUCUGCUUUAGGCUAUUCUUAGCAUCUAAUUUAGAUGUAGUCCAAAAUGAGGAGCCUAAAUUCUCUCUGUUGGCUACAAAGGAGGUCACUCAGAACACCUAAGCCAGAUUCCUAAAAAUAGCUUAAAGCAAGCAGUAUCACUACCCCCUAGAAAAUCCAUCAGGUUUGUUAAUGAUGGUAUUUAGAUUUAUCAAAAGAUGUAAGUCUGACCUUCAGGAGAAUAAACCAGAGGCCCACAGCUACAGACAACUCUGCUAAGUGAGCUCACUGGAAGUUUUUUUCAGAACAUGGUGUGUGCCAAAAUCUCAGGGGAAUUGUCAGCGUGACUCCACUCACAAGCAAGUUCUCACCAGUCUUACACACAGUUACACAUCCUAAGCUCCUGGGAUUCUCCCACUAAGCUCUUUGCAAAGACAGAGUGGUAAUUGUGACUCUUACCCUGGAGCUGAGUAUGUUCCUGGUCUUAUGAGAGCUCAGGAAUCCCCCACGUGCUGUUCAGACAUGGACCUGUCACAGUGACCACACUGAGCCCAGGAAAUGUCCUCUGCUGGGGCAACAGGGCAGUCUCUUAAUCCAGGCAGAUGCCACACUCACUGGAAAUACCUGGGAUUAAGUGACCACCACUGGGGCACCUGCAUGAGGUCCAUGAGAAAUGGAAAUUCACUGAUGCUGUACAGUCAAGGUUUCAGUGGGAAAUAAAAGCUUGCACAGACCUUGGACAAACUUUGCCCAAAAGUGAGUGUGCUCACAGCUGAGCAGCUGGAUUUUCAUAUGGAAAUAAUCUGGAGUUGCUUUAAAGCACACUGAUACACUCUGUAGUCUAUUUCCUGUUGAACCAAUGAUGAAGGCAUGAGAAUAGUAAUUGCUUUUGAGAUUUAAGUCCAGCUCAUGUUCUUUGUUGUAACAAGGAAAAGUUCCUUGUCACAAAAGAUUUACAUGUGCAGAAAUGUACAUAUACACAUGUGCACAUGCCACACAAUCUGCUCACUGAAGCAAAUGACAUUAAGAUGAUAAGAAAUUAUGUACAAAAGCAUUUGCAAAAGAGAAAAUAGUAUUCAAUACGAGCACACUUCCUCCAAGGAGUUAGGCUAACGGCUUAAAUUUUACUAAUAAAAGUUUGGCCUGGAAAAGGACUGUAGAAUGGCACUCAUUAAACAAUAGAAAGAUGAACUCAUAGGCAAAAAUGCCUUGACAGUUUAAUCUGUAUCUAAACAAAAAGGAAAUGCUGGGAGUUAAUUUAAUUUCUACGGAUAAUGGCCCAAAUCCUGGGCAGUUAUUAAUGGUGAUGAAACCUCAUUGGAUUUUCACUGGAUAAAAUUGAUGGUUAUGUCAUAUCAGAUAUUCCCUUAAGUAUUUUAAAAAUAGUUUUGGUAUUUUACUAGUAUUUCACCAUUGCAAAUUUACUUAUUUAAAUGAAGAAAGAAAGUAAAUUCUUCCAUUCUAUGAAUUAAUUAGAGAUGUUGGUCUGUGUGAAGCAGGAAACAUUACCAUACUGCUCUAUAAUCAGCAUAAUAUGUAGCUGUGGAAGUAAUUACCAUUCUUUAGAAAUAUUCCCUUUGAAUCUGAAUGAACCAAUAAAUAAGAAAGAUAAAGACAAUUCUGAAGCACUUUUACACUUGGAGAAACAUCAGAACCAGCUGUGAGCACAGGAACAGCUGAAUACAUUUAUAAGGUAAAACAGCACAAGAAAUAGGACACCAAACUUUGAAGCCUUGAAUACAGACACCAUGAUUUGGACUGUAUUCAGUUGAAUACUCAAAUUAAAAUGUAAGUAUUUCAAUUAUUCUUUCACAAAAGGGCUCCAGCACUAUUCAUAAUGCUUAGUGAGUUUUCUUGAGCUCAUUUUCCCUUUCUCCUUCACCCCUUAGCAGACAAGCAACCACUGGACUCAGACCUUGGGCCUAAUAAGAUCCCUCUAAUUCUCAGGGUUACUUGAUACUAUGAAUCUGUUGCUUAGAAAGCAGAUUUUUAUACUCAAUAAAGCAUUCAACUUUUUUUUUUUUUUUUAAUGACAUGUCUGGGAGGAAAGGUAAAUGGAUGAAGAGCUUCCAUUUGAAAAUGAGCCUGUGCCUGCAGUGAGGAUGUCACUGUCCCAGUCUGCUACAUGUGGCCAUUUUAACAAAAGCUCCCUAAAGAGCUCAGCACAUGGUCUGGCCCUAAGCUGUUCUGCCCAGGGAUCAGACAUCUUUCCCUUGUCAAAGCUCAGUCCCAUUUCACAUGUUCUUUGGAUUGCUGGACUGUGUGAUCUGUGUUACUUCUACUGACAUGGAUAUAGAAUUUGCUUCUUCUGAUCUGAAAAAUUGCUUUAUUUUAAUAGUCAGCCUUUAAAAAAAGUCUGAUACGAGCAUGAGGACAGAAAAGAGUUACUAAUGACUGCUAAUUCUGUGGUUAAUAUUGUGACACCUGGCAUUUUUACUAGUGAUGCAUGAAUAAUGUUUUCCCCCACAGUUUUUUUUUUUUCCUACAGUGAAUCAACAUGUUGAUAUUGAACAAUGUUUGGAUUCAGAUUUAUCUUAUUUGUUCUUAUGCUUUUUCUUGCUAUUUUUUGUUUGCUAUUUUUAUGAAGCUGCAUUCUGCCAUUUGUACAUGAAUGAUACUCUGGCUUUGCUCUAACUGGCACCGGUGAAGUGCACAUGGUGCAAACCAAUGAAAUGAUUGGAUGCUCCCAGGAAAUGCUUCCAACAUGCAGCAAAAUUGAUCCAAUGGAGUUAGUGCUUUACAGCAGUAGAGUACCCAUUGGAGAAAUCCUUACUGCAUCAGGAGAUCCCAGCCUUGAAGUGCAACCUUUCUCCCAGCGCAUCCCAUCACCUCCAUCCCUGAUCCCAAAACUCAGCCAGCCUGCAGCAGGGAUGUGUCAGCAUAGCAGGGAGUGUUUCUUCUCCAGAUUUAAUGCUGAAUUAGAAGCAGACAGCCCAGCUGUUCCCUGAGCUGCCGUGUGCAGCUCUAAAAGCUGAUGCCCGUGUUCAUUUUCUGCCAGAAUACAGGAAUAUAUUUAGCUGGCAUUUUUUAAUCUAAUGGAGUGGCUUUGAGGUCUCCCUCCUACUGGGAAGACUCUAUGGGGUAAUUCCUCUUAGUGGUGUCAGAUUUGCUCUUUUCAGCAUCUUGUCUGAGGAAGUAUCUUGAGCAAAAAGUCCCUAAAAGAACACCAUACAAACGGAGGAUAAUUGGUACUAGCUGAGCCAUAAUGGCCAUACUGUGGGGCAGCAGGGCAGUUUUGUCUGCUGUGGGAGGAGACAAGGCUGCAGCUGGGUCCCAGAGUGACUCAGCAGCCCCAGCUGCAGGUUCAGACCAAUCCAGCCCUGAACCAGAAGGUGCUGAGCAGGAUGAUGUGGUGCAUUGAUGACGUGAUGCAUCCACCAGGGAAGCAAAGCUUAACUUCUGUGCAAGCGUAUGCUGCUCAGGAGGCCAUGGGGCCAUCACAGGGACUAGGAGGUGAGCACAUCCCCACAUCCUGAUGGCUCCCUGGUGCCCUGCUGCAGCUCCCAUGCCAGACCAUCCCCUGUGGUCUCUGCACACCCAAGACAAAAUGAGGGUAUCCCAGAAACACAAUGAUGUCACACUAAGACAAGUCACUGAGGAGUUUAAAAAGCAGGGUUUAAUUUCUUUCAGUCCUUUCUGUUUUCUGAUGGACAAGCACAAAUUAGGAAACAGCUGUUAAUUCAGUUGAAAGAGGAAGGGAGAUUAGAUUGGCAUCUUGACUCAACAUGGCUUGGCUGAUCACUUCUAGUUUGCUAUAAUGUAUGGCUGCUAAAAAUAACUUGCUAUGAGAAGUAAGAUAUGCUCUUUAUUUUUCUAUUAUUGGUGUUUCCGUAAUAAAGGCUGUAUUUAAUCA